AUGCUCGUGGAAGUCAUCGUAUUUUUGAUAACCACACUUGUUGCGUAUUAUUUAUACGUUUACAAGAAAAUACAUUACUUCUACGAUGCAAGAGGAGUCAAGUACCAACCAGGAAUACCGGUUCUCGGUAAUAUUCUGAAAAGCUCAUUGGGCACUGGUCAUUUUUGGGAGGAUAUUGAUAAGAUAUACAAAGCAUUCCCUGGUGAGAGGUACAUAGGUUACAUCGAAGGCACAACUCCGAUAUUGAUGAUCAAAGACCCUGAGAUCAUCAAAAACAUCACAGUGAGAGACUUUGAUCAUUUCGUGAACCACAAAGAAUUCUUUCCCGUUGAAAUCGACGCUUUGUUCGGAGGAAGCCUUUUCAUGAUGAAAGAUGACAAAUGGCGUGACAUGAGAACAACCUUAAGUCCAGCAUUCACGGGCUCUAAAAUGCGGCUGAUGUUACCGUUCAUGAUUGAUAUCAGCAAGAACAUCGUGGAGUAUCUUAAAGGUCAUCAAUUAGAAGAUGUAGACGUAGAUGAUCUGAUGCGCAGAUACACGAAUGACGUCAUAGCCUCAGCCGGUUUCGGACUCCAGGUUAAUUCGCUGGUCGACAAGGAUAACGAAUUCUACGAGUGUGGUCAAGCAAUGUUUAGCACAAGUUGGCCACAGAGAUUUAAAAUGAUAUUGGCUGCACAGUUUCCAACGUUAGCCAAGAAAAUAGGAAUAAAAGUAUUUCCACAAAAAGUAACUCGUUUCUUUAGAGAGAUCGUGACCAGCACUAUGGAUUAUAGAUUGAAGAACAACGUAGAAAGACCGGAUAUGAUUCAGCUACUGAUGGAUGCUUAUAAAGGGACUCUUAAGAAUGAGAGCAACGAAUCAGACGAAAAAAAUGUAGGUUUUGCUAUGACAGAAGAGAUGUUAAAACCAAAGGGGAAUGUAAGAAAAUGGACCCAAGACGAACUGACCGCACAAGUUUUCAUCUUCUUCCUUGCGGGAUUUGAAAGCUCGGCUAAUGGUCUGACGCUUUGCAUUCACGAACUCGCACUGAAUCCUGAAGCUCAGGAAAAAUUGUAUGAGGCGAUUAUAAAGUUCAAGGAAGAGAAAGGACCGCUAACCUACGACAACAUUGGAGAAUUGAAAUACUUAGAUUGUGUUUUGAAUGAGACUUCAAGAAAAUGGUCUGCCGCAAUAAUAGUCGACAGGGUGUGCUCUAAACCAUACGAGCUUCCACCGCCGAGGGAAGGGGGGAAACCUUAUAAGCUUCAACCAGGAGAUAUAGUUUACAAUUCUGUUAACUCCAUCCAAAUGGAUCCCGAGCAUCAUCCUGACCCUGAGAAGUUUGACCCGGACAGAUUCUUGGAUGAAAAUAAGCACAAAAUCAAACCGUUUACUUUCCUGCCAUUUGGUGCUGGACCAAGGAAUUGCAUUGGGUCAAGAUUCGCACUUCUGGAGCUUAAAGUUUUAAUCUACUAUAUAGUUCUGAAUUUCAAAAUAAUAAAAACCGAGAAAACAUUAAGCCCUAUAAAACUUCAACCUGGCGAAUUCAAUAUAAAAGUUUUGGGCGGGACAUGGACUCAGUUCGAAGCUAGAGAAUAAAAAUCACUAUCGGAAGACAGAAUCGAAUGUAAAAGUAUAAUAUUACAUAGCAAAAGUUACCAUAAGACUAGAAAUCAAAUUCAUUAACACAGCCAAUUAUCAGGCUGGAGAUUAAAAGCUGGUCGCACAUUAAAGAAUCUGCAUCCACUGGACCAGUGACGUAAUACUGGUCGUCUUCAGAUCAGGUGUUGCGACGUUGUGUUAAUAACAAGGAUAUCGGAUCAACGU